GGCUGCGGGCUCUCAGUUUGGCAAUAUGGCGUCGGCCGGGCGGCUAAAAUGGCCGCUUUUUCUCCUCUGGAAUAUUGCGGGCUUGUGAAUCAGACGCGUCCUCGGGAUGGGCUCUCUGUCGCUACUCGGCCUCCUGUGGGGAUUUCUCCUGCUGCAGGACGUCCUGAAACCGCUGCGUGGGGACCCGGUUUUUAUCCCAUCUUUCAUACGAAUGUCCAGCCCUGAGGUCAGCGCGUCCCUGGUCGGAGGCAGUGAGGAUGUCACCGUCUCUCUGAUUCCGCUGCGGGUCGAGAAAGGAGUGUUGCCAGUUCCUACUUGUGGUGGUCUCAGCAAUGAGACAGGAGAUUGGAAUGUGACUGUGAGCCCCGGUGUGAACGCACUGGAAGUGACGGUCCAGUGGAAGAGGGGCCUGGACUGGUGCUCAAACGAGACUGCCUCAUUCUCGGAGCUCCCGUGCCUCGUGCAGACACUGCUGGUUUCGGCAUCUCACAAUGCAUCCUGUUUAGCACAUCUGCUCAUUCAGGUGGAGAUUUAUCCUAAUGCAUCUGUGACCCACAAUGCAUCAGAUAACAUGACCGUCAUUCCUAACCAAGUCUAUCAGCCUCUGGGUCCCUGCCCUUGUGACUUGACAGCCAAGGCCUGUGACAUUCGCUGCUGCUGUGACCAAGACUGCCAGCGGGAAGUAAAGGAGCUGUUCCAGCAGUCCUGCUUCUCCGGUGUGUUCGGAGGGGACAUCAACCCUCCCUUGGACCAGCGCUGUGCUGUGGGCACCACUCACGAGACCCCGGACUGGUUUCCUUUCCUGUGUGUGCAGUCACCCCCCUCCAGCUCGCCUUUCCUCGGUUACUUCUAUCAUGGUGCCAUUUCCCCUAGACGUGACCCUGCCUUUGAAGCCCAUCUUCACCUUGACCUAAGGGACUUUGCUGAUGCUGGCUACAAACAAGGAGAUCCCAUCAUGACCACAAUGGGGUAUUUCACCGUCCCUCAGGUCUCCCUGGCUGGACAGUGUCUGCAGGAUGCUCCAGUGGCUUUCCUGAGGAAUUUUGAUAUUGAAUGUACCAUCAAUCUGGAAGUGCACCGAGAACGAGAUGGCACUGUCCCUGAGAAUGUGAAGAUUCGCACGUCAGGAGGUCUGGUCACACCAAGAGUAAGCUAUGAGCAAGCCGCUGACCUGGACAAACGCAUCUCCAGUCCAGACACACUUCUCAACAGUGGACCUGCCUCCAGAAAUGUGAGCGUUGAAGAGCGUUACAUUUUCAGAUGGCAAAAUAAUUCCAUCAGCGGACUAGACGUCACAGUCAUCAGGGCGGAGAUCAGUGCCCACCAGAAAGGUAACACUGAUGAGAGAUUUGUGGGACGGGCACUAAAUCCCGCUGGGAUGGAGAGGGAAAUGCCAGCUCUCCCUGCCUUGUUUGCUGUUCUAGGUUACCAGCUUGGCAAGCCGGUCCGAGCCCUGCAUACCGAUGGGAUGAAUGUCACUGCGUUGCACCUCUGGCAGCCAGCUGGAAGGGGCUUGUGCACAUCAGCCACUCUCAGACCCGUUUUAUUUGGAGAGAAUGUGCUUGCCGGCUGCCUUUUGGAGGUUGGGAUUAAUGAGAACUGUACGCAGCUCCGGGAGAACGUCCUCCAGAGGCUGGAUUUGCUGAUACAAGCAACUCACGUCGCGAGGAGAGGCAACUCAGAUUACAACGAUCUGCGUGAUGGCUGGCUGGAGAUCAUACGUGUUGACGCCCCUGAGACAGUUGCUGACCUGCCCCUGAGCAGCGCAAAUGGCAUCUGCCCAGAAAUUCCUGCCCAGCUCACCAUCCGCAUCCUCAUUGCCGAAGCUGGUUCUGUGGAAGGGGUGGCUCAGCACGAGAUCCUCGGCGUGGAGACGAGGGUCUCCACGGUGACCUGGCAGUACCAGUGUGGGCUCACCUGUGAGGACACGGCCGCUCUUCUCUCUCUCAGUGCUUCCGUUCAGUUCAUUAAAAUCCCUGCGCAGAUGCCCCGCCCUCCAACGAGAUUCCAGAUCAACUUCACAGACUAUGACUGUACCCGGAAUGAGCUGUGUUGGCCUCAACUUCUGUACCCUCUGACCCAAUAUUACCAAGGGGAGCCCCGUUCCCAGUGUGUCGCCAAAGGCCUAAUGCUGCUGUCGCUCCUCCUGUUGGCCACACUCAUCAGCCAUCCUUGGAUGAGACUGUGCAGAGGCUGGUGCUCGGCUCCCAUCCCCCACUGACUUUGCUCGAGAACUCAGAGCGCACUCAGUGGCUCCCUGUAGGCCUGUGUGCCUCUCUGAAACCGUUUGAGAUAGGGUCUCACUAUGUAGCCCAGGCUGGCCUCUAAGUACACUGGGAUCUUCCUGCCUCUGCCUCCAGAGUGCUGGGACUGAAGGUGGGCACCAUCGUGCCUAGCCUCCCUGAAACAUUUUAAUAAACAAAAUGUCUAUUUUUAUAGAAAUUCUUGGUGUUAAGUGAAUUUAAGUCAAUUAUCCAGAUAUUCAGAGUUGCACAGAGUGAUCCUUCUUGCUGCCGGCUGGCUUCAGGGGAGCUGCUAGUGUCCCUGAAUGUCAGAGACCUAAGCCUAGCACGAAUUCCUAAUCACAGGAGUUUCGGUUUUGACCAUACUUAAUGCAAGCAUAUAAGAAUUAAGAAAGGAUUGAUUGAUUACUGUCUCAUAUUCCAAGGAAAGGGUUAGAAAAUGCUUAAAAGGCUUUUAAAAUUAGAUGAUGAUGAUGAUGAUGAUGAUGAUGAUGAUGAUGAUGCAAGUCUGUGAGUGAGCGUAGGUGCGGGUACAUGGGAGACAACCAUUGGGGUGGGUAGCAUUGUGCAGGCAUUGCCUCUACCCAUGAGCCAUCUCAGCAUCGCUAUAGUCUUAAAGUGUACAUUACUCAUUCCAGGCCAGCCUAGAACACAGAGAUGCGCUUGCCUCUGCUGCUCGAGUGCUGAGAUUAAGGGCACGCACCACAAUGUCUCAGCCAGCUUUCUUAAACAGGCCAGGAUCACCUAUCCAAGGGCAGUACUGCCCAUAAUGGGCUGGGCCCUCCCACUUCAAUCAGCAACCAAGAUAAUUCACCAUAGACACGGCUUACAGGGCAAUCAGAUCUGUGUCACCCUUCAGCUGAGAUUCCCUCUUCUCAAGUGACAUUAUGUCAUGUUGACAGUAAAAACUGGUACAGGGACAUUUGAGCUGAAGCCUAAAGGAGUCAGCUUUGGUGAGGUCCAGUGGGCCAGUAUUUUAAACUGAGGGAUUCCCAGAUCAAGGGUGUGGACCAGGAAACAGGGAGGAAUAUGGCUGAGUGAAAGGACCCAGGACUAGGGUGAGGGGUUCAGUUUGUCUUUGGAAUACGAGAGAAGCCACGUCAGAUUGUAUGCUAUUGCAGAAGUCACAUGACCGCUGUGUGGAGGCUGCCCACGUGGGAUUGCAGAGGCCACACAGUGCACCACAUAGGGUGCCAUGGAUCGUACACGUUCCAGGCUGGCAAACCCGCUGUGACAAAGCCAACCGGUGGUGGCUGACUGCAAGCGAGCAGGUGUCCUGGGGGUCAAGAGAUGUAGUGAGGAGGCGAGCAGGCCUGCUUUUCGUCCUGCCCGGCUCCCGCACGGCUAGCUUUAUACCCGAAAUAACAGCACAGAAAUUGUAUUCUUUUAAACACUGCUUAGCCCAUUAUAUCUAGCCUCUCCUUGGCUAACUCUCAUAUCUUGCUUAACCCGUUUCUAAUAAUCUGUGUAGCACCACAAGGUGGUGUCUUACCGGGAAAGAUUCAGCAUGUCUGACCUGGCGGCUGGAUUCAUGGCAUCUGCCUCACUUCCUCCCAGCCGCCUACCUAAUUUUCUGAUCUAUCAAAAGGGCCAAGGCAGUUUCUUUAUUAACCAGUGAAAUCACCUCAAAACAGAAGACCCUCCCACAUCAAAGAGAGUUCUCAGACUAGCUCAGCAAUGUGGCUGCAGCCUCUGUCUCCACUAAGAGCCAAAGAGUGUUUGCUUGGAACGGUAAAGUGGCACAGAGUGGCUAAGACUCUCCUCCCGUUGGGAGGUGGUGGCCCACACCUUUAAUCCCAGCACUCGAAGGCAGAGGCAGGCACAUCUCUGUGAGUUCGAGGCCAGCCUGGUCUGCUGUUAGUUUUACUCUAGCCCCAUGUUGAAACGCCAAAAUGUAGUUGGUUGUUUUACUCUUUAGUCUUUGGUGACCCUCCACCCAGCUCCUAAAUAAAUCACACACAGAGUUUUAUUCUUAAUUGCUUCUGGGCUUUUUCUUCUCUUCUGUAUAUCUUACUUUCACUCUUACCCAUGACUGGCUGGGUGGCUGGCCCCUAGUGUCCACUACUUCCUCCAUUCUCCUUCUGUUCACACUUUCUGCCUGCUAGCCCUGCCUAUCCUUUCUCCUGCCUCCCUGUUGGCCAUUUAGCUCUUUAUUAGAUCAUCAGGUGUUUUUGAAAAAUAUUUAUUUAUUUAUCUAUUAUGUAUAUGAUAUAAUGUCUGCGUGUAUGCCUGCAGGCCAGAAGAGGGCACCAGACUUCAUUACAGACUGUUGUGAGCCACCAUGUGGUUGCUGGGAAUUGAACUCAGGACCAUUGGAAGAGCAGGCAAUGCUCUUAACCACUGAGCCAUCUCUCCAGCCCCCCCAUCAGGUGUUUUAGACAGGCAAAGAAUCACAGCUUCACAGAGUUAAACAAAUGCAGCAUAAACAAAAGCAACACAUCUUUACAUCAUUAAACCAAUGUUCCGCAGCAUAAACACAAGUAACACACUUUAAAAUAAUAUUCCCCAACACUGGUCUACAGAGCUAUUUCCAGGACAGCCAAGGCUACACAAAGAAACCCUGUUUCGACCUCCCUCCCCAAA